AUGCAACUUACCACGUGUACACCAGAUAGCGAGAUACAGCUGGUGCGGCCGUCAACGAGAAACACGCCGACCUGCCUCGGUACACACCAGUCUUUGCACUGGUUCAAGGAUGCUGUAACCGGCCCAGGGUCGCUGACAAGCUACGCCUAUGCGAAUGACGACGGCGCAGGCCGGGAUGCCCGGAUGUGUAUAUGGUACAACACCGGCAAUGACACGACUGGGGCUCUGUCGAGGUCCAAAAAGAUCGCAAAUACGGCGUCAAAGCUUCUCGGCACCGACUUGUACCACUACCACAGCAAGAUCAUGAUGAAGGACGCCAGGGACGGGGGCAGGUUCGUCUGGCACCAAGACUACGGCUACUGGUACAGCUUCGGCUACCUGUUCCCGGACAUGCUGACCGUCUUCAUGGCACUCGACCCGUGCGGCAGGGAGAACGGCUGUCUGCAGGUGAUCCGUGGCUCACACAGGUGUGGGAGGAUUGACCACAGCGUUGUGGGCGACCAGAAAGUCGCUGACCUCGAGCGAGUCGCCCAACUGGAGAAAAGACUGGAGACCCUACACGUGGAGCUGAAGGCUGGCGACGCCAUCUUCUUCCACAGCAACCUCCUGCACUCCAGCAGUAGCAACACCAGCGAACAGCGGCGCUGGGCCAUCGCCUCUGCUUACAACAGCGUCCACAACGUCCCGGACAAAGACGAGAUGGUCGGCAAACAGUGCCGGGGACCUAUCCAGCAGUUGGACAACGAAGCUGUCGUUAAGACUGGAGUCAACAGAGACUUGAGCGGAAAGGAGGUCAAGGUCAAGAGGGGCGCCAUGUUCGAGUUCGAGACUUUCUUCCCGGCGUAAUGGAAAGAAAAAAAAAGAAGAAAUAAUAUUAACAAGGGAGGUCACUGUUGAAUUGUUUGUUUUACAUUUAUAAUCUCCCUUUUUGCAACGCUCUGACACUUUUUUGUUGCAAUUUGAAUUACAAUGACAUAGAUAAACUGCCUAGAUGUGAUUAUUUUAUGUCGAGCUUUAAGAUCACAUAUAGAUGAAUUAUAUUACUUGUAAAUGUUUCUCUAUUCGCUUUAAGAAAUUAGUCUUUUUUUCACCAUUUCAAGGAUUAUUUCCCUUAUUAAAUAUUUAGUGUGGUUUGUUGUGAUGUGUCUUUCAAUCAAUCAUCUUUCACAAUGUGAAAUAAAGGCCGAUCUGGAUGAUGUCUAGGACAGGGGUCGGCAACCUGCGGCUCGCGAGCCGCAUGCGGCUCUUUUGAUAUCAAGAUGCGGCUCUCCAGCUCCUUGCACAAAUACUAAUAAUCUUAAUAAAAAAAAAAAUAUUUGAAAUAAAAAAAAUGUUAGUGGCUCUUUCAAACCAGGGAAAUUUUGAACAUUGUAACUUUUGGCCCUUCUGCUUCAAAAGGUUGCCGACCCCUGGUCUAGGAGGAUUGUCGCCCCCUCCCCUACCAUUACAAAGUUUGAAAUUGUUUUUGGGGAAAAAACCUAAGGCAAUCGAUAGUCAACAAAUUUCUUGAUCUGCCUAUGUGAUGUCCUGUAAGUAAAAAUUCACAAACUGCCUUAGCCAUAACCAGUUUAUCCCUUUCCUUAACCUGUGUAAUACACUGGUCUGCAGGUUAGUUAACAGGCAAGGCUGGACAAAAAGUUUCUCUUAAUGUCCUUGAUCAAUCUAACUUUUAGGAUUAGGCCUAACUCUUUAAAGAGAGGUAACUCAGUUUAAAUACUUUUGCUGAAUUUGUUUAUCAACUGUUAUUAACAACUAGAAAUUACCUAUUAUCUAAUAUUUAAUAAAACCUAAUUAUGUUCA